GUGUGACAAGUUGAUGAAGAUCAGUCUGUUUCCAGAAGUCAAAGCAUGAAAACUCAACUCCUGCAGCUCUGUAAGUAAAAAAACAACAAACAAACAAACAAACAAACACACAGGGAUGAAGAAAACGCUUUUCCACGUUUGAGUGUCAUCAGAGUCCGUCCCUGCUCUUUGCUGCCACCAUGAGGUACAGUCACGUGUUGCUCUUUGUCUACAUCCUCACCUUCCUGAUGGGCGUCCCCGCCAACAUCCUGGCCUUCUGCACCUUCUGUCGCAAAGUGCAUCGCAAGGCGACUCCGAUCGACGUCCUGCUCCUCAGCCUGACCAUCUCUGACCUCGUCUUCCUCUUCUGCUUGCCCUUCAAAAUGAAGGAGGCCUUUGACGACAUGGCCUGGCUGCUGGACUUCUCCCUGUGUCCCUUGAUCGGUUUCCUCUUCUACGUCACCAUCUACAACAGCACGCUGCUCCUCACAGCUGUGAGCGUGGAGCGCUACCUGGGCGUGGCCUUCCCCCUCAGGUACUCCAUGUUUCGCAGGCCUCGCUAUGCCGUGCUGACCAGCAUCGCCAUCUGGUUGGUGACCUCCCUGAACCUCAGCAUCGUCUACAUCAUGCCCUACGUCCAGUGGGGCAGAGGAAUGGGUGGUAAUCACCACAAUGACAACAGCACCGACAGUAAGCCGCCUCCGCCUCCGCCCACCUGCUACCUGAACUUCACUCAGGACGAGCUGGACAUCAUCCUGCCGUUCCGCCUGGAGCUCUUUGUCUUCCUCUUCUGCAUCCCCCUCAUCAUCUGCUGCUUCUGCUACGUCAACUUCAUCCACAUCCUGUCACGACUGCCCAACAUUGGCAGGCGGCGCCGUCUGCGGGCCAUAGGCCUGGCGCUCGGCACGCUGAUCGUGUUCGUGGUGUGCUUCGGGCCGUACAACGCCUCGCAUUUGGUGGGGUUCGUCCGUAUGGAGAGCGAGGACUGGAGGGACACAGCUCUGCUCUUCAGCGUCUUCAACUCCUGCCUGGAUCCGUUCAUCUUCUACUUCUCCUCGGCCGCCGUCAGGAGCAUGUUGAACCGCUGCUUCAGGAGCAUCAUGGCCAAGCUGCACAUUCUGAGGUGCGGAGCGACUCAUCAGAGACACGGCAAGACUGACAGGUACAAGGAAGCAGCGCCUCCUUGAGUUGGCUUUGAGGAAGUGUUCAUUCAUUUUAUCUCACGAUCUUUACUCCACCCUCACCAGUGAAAUAAACUUUGGACCAAUUUUACAUGAACCAUGAACAAUUUCUUGCCUUUAAAGCAGAACUUUGCAAGUCUGUCACUUUUCAUUGCCUUUUUCUCUCAUUAGCGCCCCCUACUGUUUCGGAAUACAUAUUUUUACGAAACCACCCGAAACAACCAUCCAUCAUCUACCUCUUUAUCCUCACUGUUGAUGCAUUUGUUUUCAACAGAGCCGGUGAACACAAGCCGUGGAGCCAUGUCCAUGUCGGUCAACAUCCGUUUUUCAUGAUUUCUUGCCAUCCUAAAAAAGCUGGUCCGAUGUUUACUCGUCGUUUCCUCCGACAACGGUUUUCUCUGCUUCUUUUUUCGCCGGCUCUGCCACGAUGAAUGUCUAAAAUAACGCCAUCACUGGCUCGAUCUUACAUGCCGUGAAGCAAUUCAUGUUUCUCGCAAGACCUCCUGAACCUGAAGACUCCAGGUUGGCAGCUCUGAUCUUGCGGGGUCGGUUGUCCACUAACCCCGCAAGGGGGGGAGUAGAGACCGGGGGCAGUAGAGACCGCCCCUACUUACUCUGAAGAUGUAAAAUGAGGGUAAAAAGGCUGCAUAGUUCUGCUUUAAUAGGCGAGAUUUGUGCUGGGACUUAAAGGACUUUGUGGACUGCAAUUUUAUGGAAACAAAACCCAGAGUGGAGCAAAUCUCAAAAUGUCCCCAAUGCGUUUUCAUGUAAACAAUCAAUAAGCUACUUUGGGAAAAUGAUGAUGUCAUAAUCCCACCCCUUGCAUUCACUGUCACUUAUCUUCAUCGUUGUCCUCUUCCUCUUCUUCUUGUGUUUGAAGAUGGUUUGGUCUGUUUGCUUCCUUCGCUCUGUUUCCGUGAUUGUAAACGUUGUAAUGUAUACUUACUUAUUCUAAUAAAGCUUUAUUUAAAGGUAAGGAGAAGUUUGCAGACAGUGCACAUGUUCAACAUCUUCUCCUACAGUUUUGUUUCUGUAUUUCUGAAGUGGCGCCACAUACAGGCCUGGCA